CGAUUCAGUUCGCUUUCAGUUUGUCAACGCGUCGCAUGCGUUCGUCGUGCUCUGGCUAGAUAUAUUCGGAAUUGUUUGAAAUCUAACGAAAUAAUUUGCAUACGAAAGCAGUGAAUUAAGUGUAUAUCUGAAUAUCUUCUGUGUGUGUGUGUGUGUGACAAACAUAUUUAUAUAAAAAACUAGAGGAAAAUAUUUUGCAGCAGCUCAAAUAAGAAACCCUCAACAAGUUGUUAACCCCUUUAUGGCCAUGUCGCCCUAUGCAUUCUGCGUUCUCCUCCUGGGAUUGCUCUCCCUCGCUCUGAGCCUGAGUACAGCCUCUGGUGUCCUACGUUGUUGGCGCUGCUCCACAGACGUGUCCAAUGGCGAGUUCUGCAACGAUCCAUUUCAGUCAGAGAGCAUCUCGGAGCAGCAGCGCUACUGGAGCUAUGUGAAUUGCACCUAUUCAGUGGGUGUGAAAUCGGUGAAUGCGCGACCCGUCUGCAAGAAACUUGUGCAGGAAGUAUACGGCAAGCGGGUAAUUUCACGCUCCUGCUUCUACGAGGAUGUGGAUGAUCCGGCAGACAAAUGCGCCAUGGACACGACCUCAUCCUACAUCAAGACCAUUUACUGCCGCACUUGCACCACGGACGGCUGCAACUCGGCUGGCGGUCUGUCGGGCCUGGCGGGGCUGCUGGUGUUGCCGCUGCUCGCCGCGCUGUGGCAGCUAUGCAAAUGAGCCAAUGGCUGGGAAAAGUGAAAUGAUGUGGGAGGAGACUGCACUUAAUUGCAUGAUGCGAAUGAUGCAAAACUGAAUUUAAAUUCUUACAAAUUCAUUUGAGCAGACAGAACACAAAAACACAUCAAACAGCAACGAUUUUCAAAAAUUUCAUUUAACUCUUUUAAUGCAAAUGGCACAAACACUCGGCACCUAAUAGCUGGCAGUCACAUUUCGUUAUAUACAUAUAUAUAUAUAUAUCAUAAAAUUACCAUUUACACAGACUAUACAAAUACAACAAAUACGAAUUCGUAACUAUAUAAUUGUUAUGUAGCUGUAGAGCAUUCAAAGGUUUCCACUUGGCUCGAUCUUAAGCAAUCAAUAAAUUUGUAGUCUAAAAUUCAUAUAUUCAAUUUUUUUCACGCCAAUUGGUUCAUUUAAUUGAUUCACACGAUCACACACACAUGCACAUACUCACACACACACACAUUCAUAUACUAUUAUAGAACUUUGUAAUAUUGUAUUACUUAUUGUAAUUGUAAUUGAAGCACUCUUUUUAUGGUGUCUUAUAAAUAAAUUGAUGAGACGGUACAAAAUA